AGAAAGUGAAACUGGAAGUGCAGGCUUGUGUGUGUGUGUGAAGUGUGUGUGUUGAGCAGACGGAGAGAGACAGGCUUUAAAUCAGCUGUGUUUAAACGGAAGAAGAGUUUCGGAGGAUCAGCGGCGACUGCACUCACUAAAUUCAUCCAGAGCUGAGAAAUCAGUCAGAAACAGCAGCACUAUGAGUCCAGAAUCCAGCACUGCGGACCAGAUCACGAGCGCAGACUCAGAGGAGGACUACGACUGUCCCAUCUGCCAGGAGGUCUUUAAAACACCGGUCCGCACAAAGAGCUGCAGACAUGUGUUCUGCAAAAGUUGCUUUGAGACUGCAGUGAAGAGUCAGGGGGCUCACUGCCCGAUGUGUCGGAGCCCUGUGUCUGAGAAAGCGUGUAAAGCAAAGGAUGUCCAGCAGAGGAUGAGGGAGAGAAGCAGCCGGUGCAGAGCCUGUGGAGCAGUGAAAUUUCUCAGCAAGAUGAGACUCCACUAUAAAAGCUGCAGGAAGUACAAAGAGGAAUACGGGCCAAUCAGUGAUGCACCACCACCUCCCUCCUCCCAGAACCCAGUUCAAAUACCAAGCCACAGCACUGGAUUUAUCCCCAUCAUCCCAGUUUACACACCAGUGAACAGUCUUCACAGCAGCACACUGCCCUGGAUGCAGUUCCCCCUUUUCCUGCCUCCUGCAUCUCCACAACCACUAAGUGUCUCCAGUGCAGGGAGAGUGUACCCGUGUCCAUACUGCCCUCUGGAGGGACUGAGGGACAUGGCUUUGGUCCAGCACUGUGUGAACCAGCAUGCAGGAGAAAUCAGACCAGCUGUGUGCCCAAUCUGCAGCCAGUUGCCCUGGGGCGAGCCUUACUACUGUAGCCGUAACCUUAUUGGCCACAUGCGCCUCAGACACUCCUUCAGCUACGCCGGAUACAUGAAUGAAGAGGAGGAUGAAGACAUCCAGGUCUGUCGGGCUCUGCAGAAUUCAGUCCAGGACUUUCCUAUAAUCUACGCCAAUCAGCCAUAACAUUAAAACCACUUGCCUUUUUUUUAGCAUUGUGCCACCAAAACAGCUCUAACGGCAAGACGUUUUGACCCAGUUAUCUAGAUUUCACAGAUUUUGUUUCUUAUCAAAGUGUCUCAGAUCUUUGAUUAUUGAUUAUUACUGCUUUUAACACAAACCAAUUUAAGAACUGACCAUUUUUGCUUGUAUGUAGAUCCCAUCUCUAGAUAGAUAACCACUGGAAGCAGAUAAUUAGAGUUAUUCACUUCACUUGUCAGUGGUGUUAAUGUUAUGGCAAAUCAGUGUAAUAUUAAAAGUGAUUAAAGAGCUUUUUGUCAGGGACAGUUGUACUAUAGCAAUAGAAUUUAGCUCUGUAUUUGCUAAAAUCCAUAAUUAAAAUGUAUUUUAAUGAGGGCAUUAAUUGUUGGUAUGAGGGUGUUCUUAUCAUUAUUGUUGCCAGAAUUUAUCGAACUUAGUUUGAAUUUAGGUGAAAUUAUGUAUUAAGUUUAAUUACAGAUUAAUUACAAAAGUUUAUUUUUCUUUAUUUUUAUUAUUUUAAAAUUUAAAUUAAAGACAUAGGAACUAUGAAGGAAGGCAUAUAUAAUUACAAAGCAAACAAAAAAGUGUUAAACAAGCCAAAAUAUGAUUUAGAUUUUUCUAAAAUAGCAUUUUUUUGCUUUUAUGCCAAAUUUGCCAACUCUUUUGAAUUAUUCUCUCAAUCGGCUUCAUGAGGUUAAACCUGGAUUGGUUUUCCAACUGUCUUAAAGGAGUUCCUAGAGGUUCUGAACAAAAAAAGGCAAUCGUCUGCUACCUAAUUCCAUAUGUGUUCCUUCAUAGUUUUUAAUAUUAUACGUUUUUUUUUACUAUUAAUCUACAAUGUAAUAAAUUAAACAAAUAAAAAACAAAUAUUAAAAUAUCAGAA